UCAAAGUUGUUGAGCGCAUGGAACUGCUAGAGAAUAAUUUCACAGAGACGGUCAGCAACUAAGCAAACAGUUUUAAAGUGUUUACCGCUGCGGACAGUCCGGUAGGAACAAAUGUGGACAAAAUUGUGUCCGUACGUAAAGCUUCGUACAUAACUGACAUCGUGCGAUGGACCCUCACUCCUUGACCCGUUCCCGACAAACACCAGCUGCAAGAAACCAUAUCGUCUACACAGACCACAAGGGCAGAAAGAUACCAUAUGCCGAUAAGAUAACUCCAGAGCCGAUCCUAAACAACAAUGAAGGCAGAGACACGAAGGCAGAUUCUAUCAGGAACAGUUACAAUAGUCAAUUCAAAGUCGGUAUAUACGGUUGGAGAAAGAAAUGCCUUUACAUUCUCGUUAUGACUCUCAUGUUCAUGAUGAUUAUUAAUCUUGCAUUGACGCUUUGGGUUUUAAAAGUAUUGGAUUUUAAUUCGGAGGGCAUGGGUCAGCUACGCAUAGUUCCCGGGGGUCUGCAGCUCUUGGGCCAAGCUCUAGUGCUAGACUCCCUGUUUGCGUCGAGCAUCAAGUCGCGCCGCGGCCAGCCCAUCACUGUCGAGUCCUCGAGGAACUUCACAGUCUGCACGCGAGACUCACAAGGAUUUGUUCAGAGUAGAUUAUUCUUGGGUCAUGACCGUUUGGAAGUGAAUGUUGGUCGCCUGGAGGUACGCGACUCCCGCGGUGGGCUGCUGCUGAGCGCGACGCCUGAUGCGGUGUCGGUGGGCGCAGAAAACCUGGUAGUGACCAGCCCCGCUGGCGCCACCUUCCAUACUGCAGUCCAAACGCCGCUGGUCCGAGCGCCGCCAUCAAAACAAUUAGUAUUGGAGUCUCCGACGAGGUCGCUGGAGAUGCACGCGGCGCAGAGCAUAGCGCUGGAGUCCCGCGCCGGUGACAUCAGCGCCACCUGCCUCACCACCUUCCGACUGCGCUCCAUCGCUGGCGCGAUCCGACUAGAUGCUCCGAGUAUAUACAUGCCAAAGCUAAAGUCAGCUCUACCCUUGCCCUCGUCGACGGCGCAUUCGCACGACCCGCAUCAUCAGAACAUUUACCAGCUAUGCGCCUGCGCCAACGGAAAGCUGUUCCUAGCUCCACCGCACGGCGCCUGCGCAGCCAGAGAAGAAAGUCUCAUCUGCCGAUGAUGCUAUAUCAUAUAUAGUCCAUAUG